AUUAACACUUUUGUCGGUUUUUAGGUGCUUCAACAUCAACCCCCCACUUUUCACUCUUUUAUACACUCCAUACAACUUUCAUCUCCUCGUGGAGUCUGGGGCGCAUAUUAAUUACUCCACAUCCCCCCCCAGCAUUGUCCUUUCUUCUCCCAUUACUCCACCAUUUUCAUUUUCUAGCUAAGCUAAGCUAAAGCUAACGAAACCAGUUGAAAUUUAAAGAAAUUACAAGCAGCGGCAGCCCCUAAUGGAUCUUCACCGCAUUAGCUCCUUAGCUCUUAUCCUCUCUCUCAUUGUCUUAACUGUGAACUCAAAAGGUGUAUUAGGUGCUUCUUUCACAUUUUUCAACCGGUGUAGCUACACCGUAUGGCCUGGGAUAUUAGCAAAUGCCGGCAGUCCUGCACUUGACAGCACCGGAUUCGAGCUACCGAAAGACUCCACUCGUUCUUUUCAGGCACCAACCGGCUGGUCGGGUCGUUUCUGGGGUCGAACGGGCUGUAAAUUCGACGGAUCCGGUUCCGGAACCUGCGUGACUGGCGACUGCGGGUCGGGUCAGAUGGAAUGCAACGGACUCGGAGCUGCUCCGCCAGUAACUCUGGCCGAGUUCACUCUUGGGACAGGAGGUCAAGAUUUUUACGACGUUAGCCUCGUUGAUGGCUACAAUAUCCCAAUGGUCGUGGAAGGAACCGGCGGGUCGGGUCUUUGUGCUUCCACCGGAUGCACAACUGAUUUAAACCGUCAAUGCCCGUCGGAGCUCCGGGUCGGGGACGGUACCGCUUGCAAGAGCGCGUGCGAGGCAUUCGGGAGUCCCGAGUACUGUUGCAGCGGCGCGUAUGCCACACCCGCGACAUGUAAGCCUUCCGUUUAUUCCGAGAUUUUCAAGGCCGCGUGUCCCAGAUCUUACAGCUAUGCAUACGAUGAUGCCACGAGCACAUUCACGUGUACCGGAGCAGAUUAUACGGUCACCUUUUGUCCCUCUUCUCCUAGUCAAAAAUCUUCGAGAGAUACUACGCCAGCCACGGAUGCUACCCCAAGCACAGGCUCAACAUCACAAGGAACAGGGACAGAACCUGGGUUAACUUACUCUGGUGAUGGCUAUGGAUAUUCGGGUUCAGGGUAUUCGAACUCGGGUUAUGGAUACCCUGGUUCGGGUUCAAGCUCUGGGUCUGGAUCAGGACAAGCCGUCAUGACAGACGGGUCAUGGUUAGCUGGUUUGGCAAUGGGAGGUUCACCAACAACAGCUUCUCCCAGUUCUCUGUCAUUUGCAGUCAUGGCAUCAACAGCUGUUUCAGUCAUGCUUUCAUUUGUUUUCUUGUAGUCCUUUCUCUAUUGCGUAUUAUGGGUUUUGUUAAAUGUGGAUUCCUUACGGAUUUGCAGCUUUGGAUGGGGGGGGGGUUAAAAUUGGGGAGCUGGGGUUGGCCUUUGUUUGAAAAAGCUGACAGAUUAUUGGCCCAGAUUGUAAACAAUCAGCUUCAGCGUUAAAUACACGUUUAAAAGUGUUGUUUCAGAUAACAUUCUGGGAAUUUGGGAGUGAAAGCAGCCCCAUCAGAAUCUAAAUUUAGAUGAACUGCUUCAUAUCUUGUUA